AUGGCAUCGGUCGACCCGUUGAGUAUCGGCCGUGACAGGAAGAUCAGGGGGCUAAUAGAGUUCUCCGCGGAUCUCCUCCCCAAGCUACCAACCUCCCACGACUCGAGCUCGACCGACACUCUUCUCGCCGACUUGAACCAUCACAUCACCACGGUCAACGCUAUAUCACAGAAACCCGGGACCGUAUCGCCCGAAGCUGCAGAAGAUUUGAAGGAGGCUGGUCGGGGACUAUGGAACGAAUGUAUCAGGGAGAAGAGGAAACGGAAUGAUGUGCUAGCAUCACCAUCGAGGUCAAAGCUACUGGUCCGAACACGGCUGUUUUCGUUUCUCGUCAAUGUUUUCGCCAGAGAGAGCCUCCGCGGGAGGAAGGGGAGCAUGGAAGAUGAUGCUGUUGCAAUCAUCAACCAGGGUUUGAUGCUGGCAAAGAUUUGUAUCAACGAGUCGGAUCUAGAUGCUGCUCGAUUGGGACUGGGCAAGGUCACCAAGUACAUCGACAAGCUCAGGCAGUUGGAUGCAGAGAACCACAUCGGUCCCGGGCACAGAUUGAAUAUUGAGGCGGAAUACCUGACCAUGCGCUGCGCUCUGUCGUCGAAAGAGGACCGCCUAGACGUUGCUGAACAUAUGUAUACCAAAGCCGAUGAUCUCCUUCGCUAUCUCGAUCCGUUCUCUGCUGAGCAACUGGCUGACACACUUCAAGAUAUUGGGACUAGCUUGUCGGGGAAGGGUGACCAUGAGAUGGCGCUCAAGUGGUUGCGGCGAGCGCAUGCCCUCAUCAACGGCCAAGAGUUGGAGAGACUCUCGACAGAGGGGCUGGAGAUUCGGAUGGCCAUUCAUCACGACCUUAUUCAGACACUAUUAGCGACACGCUCACCUGAAAGGGUUCAAGAAGCCGACGACUUGGUAUCGUACAUGGAAUCGGAAAUCGGGGACAAACCAGUUGUUCUGCACUGGAAACUGGAGAUCCUUCAAAGAAGCCCCGGCGAGAUCUUUGACGUUGAUGCAUGCGCAAGCAUACUGCGACGGAUGGUUCGCUCCCUGGACUUGUCAGAUGCCACACUGGGGUUUCUCCUACACAAUAUCAAAGAGCUCCGAGAUAGGGGUUCUCGACUGGCAAUCGGCCUGCUGGAUGAGCUAUUACUGACUAGGCUGCUACCAUGCGGGAAUAUGGAUUGGAUAGGAAAGACGCUUGUUCGACGAAUAUGGAUGGGAACUAUGGAAACAGAGGCUUCUGACGCUGCAACGAAGCUCAUUCAACUUUUGGAGCAGCUCGCUGAAGACUCUAGGCCAUGCAACGUAGAUGUUGCAGCCGCAGCACAGUCGCUCAUGUGGAAAAAGCUCGACGCGAGUUAUGCCAAGAGAGAGUACAGCGUGGCAGAGUUGUGGUGCCGAGUUGCACUCCAUCCCAUCUUCUCGAGCACAGGAGAAGUGAGCCAGGGCAAGUUUGGGAGACGACUAAUUCUCUGUGCAAUAGCUCGCAGCGACGCGGAUGCUGCCAAAUCCACCUUUGAUGCUCUACCGACAGCUGUUCAGAAUGACCAACUCACGAGAUACCUCAUGUUUAAGGUCUCCCUGAUCAGUUGGGAUCAUGACCUGGGCCGCCAGUGUGUCGAGUUUUUGAGCAAAUCUUCUGAGAAGGCCAAGAGUCGAGAUAUUCUUGCCUGUCUGGUGUUCAUCGAGUGCUAUCCCCAAGAUAUCUCGUCGGAGAAUAGCGCCGACUUACAGCUCAUGGCCAUGCGUUGUCACUUUGUCAUGGCUGCAGCAAUUGUAUCCAAGGCACGAACGGAAGACAAGGUGGACGAGGCACUCCAGCGGUAUUUGGAGGUGAGGCGACAUGUUGCAGUAUUUGAUGGACUAUUCGAGAAGCAUUUUCAGAACACUCUCGCAGCCCGGAACGCUAGAGUUUACACCGACUUGACGGCCAAGAUGUCGACGCUCUUUGUCUUUGAUUUUGAAGGUGCCAUCUGUUUGAAGAACUGGGACGAUCUGGGUCAGAUCAUCCGAAAAGCGAGAGUAUGUAAAGACGAAAGGAUGUACAAGGCAAUGGGAGAUUGCCUACUAAGGAGCAAUGCUUCGGGGAACGUCGUCUACACAAACCUGCGACUCAUUGUCAACGAAAUCUUUGCUCUGGAGCAGUUCGACAACCAACGGCUGGCAAAGUACCUUCGAUGCAUGUUUCAGGCUGUUCUACCCCUGGACGACAGCCUUGCCCUGCAAGUCGUCGAGCAGGCUCUCGAGAUCGCACGCGAGUGUAGCCAGAUGCAGAAGCCUUUUCCCACGGAUGAACUCGAUUGGAUUGUUGUCACGACGUUCAACCACGCGCUUGACAUCCACGUGAGGGGCGAUGAGGAAAUGUGCCAGCAGUGGGCGCACAAGGCUCUUGAUCUAGUCGAGUAUAUGAGUGACCGCGGUGACCUAAAAGAUAUACUACGCGAGAGGGUUGCCAAGUUGUGUUUGGGCAAGGGGACGUCGACAUCUACGUCCAGUUGA